GCACUAUAUUUGACCUGCGUGUACACUGCUAUAAAAGUAACAUUUUGUUCUUUCAUUUCUUCGAAAAAUGGCUGCCAGUCGCUUCUGUGAUAAUUUAACUGUCUCUUCUAAAAUUCUUGGAGAGCAACUCAAUUUCCGAAAUGGGAAAACUGCUCAAAAUCGGUUUUUGAAAGCUGCACUAACCGAACGAGUGUCCACUUAUGAUCCGGAAAAUCCAAAGAAGCAUGGUCUUCCUACAAACUUCAUCUUGAACUUGUACGAUAAAUGGGGACACGGAAAGUUUGGUACUAUUCUGACUGGAAAUGUUCUUGUCGACCCGACUAAUUUGGAAUCUGCUGGAAAUGCCAUAAUUUUCAAAGAAGGAGAUGGAGAAGAACGUAGAGCUCUGUUCACUCAGUGGGCAAAAAACAUGAAGCAGGACGGAGCUCUUGCCGUUGUUCAAUUAUCUCACGGAGGCCGUCAGACUCCAAUUACAGUAGAACCGAAUCCGUGGUCGGCUUCUGAUGUGAAGUUGAGUGGUGAACGGCGUUUCACUGCAUUCGGACAGCCUGUUCCAUUGAGCACAGAGCAAAUCAAGACUCAAAUCAUUGAUAGAUUCGUUUAUGCUGCAAAGUUUGCCUACGAGACUGGAUUUGAUGGAGUUGAACUUCACGGAGCUCAUGGUUAUCUUUUGGCUCAAUUCACGUCUCCAACUACCAAUAAGAGAACUGAUCAGUAUGGUGGUUCAAUUGAGAAUCGUCAACGCAUCAUCCUUGAGAUCUAUGACGCUAUUCGAGCUGAAAUUCCCGAAUCAACUGGAUUUAUGGUGGGAAUUAAGACAAACUCGGUAGAGUUCCAAGAGCAGGGAACAACUGUUGACGAUGCAAAAGUUAUGUGCCAGGUUUAUGAAGACAAAGGAUUCGAUUUCGUAGAACUUUCCGGUGGAACUUAUGAGAAGCUCGCCUUCCAUCAUAUGCGUGAUUCGACUCGUAACCGUGAAGCUUUCUUUUUAGAAUUCGCCGAAAAGAUUCGUCCAGUUUUCAAGAAAACCGUUGUCUACUUGACCGGUGGCUUCCGUACCGUGAAAGCAAUGGUAGAAGCUAUUGAAAAUGGUGCUACCCAAGGAAUCGGAUUGGGACGUCCAAUCACCGCCGAGCCAGAUUUACCAAAGAAAAUUAUCGAGGGAUUAGUUGCUUCGUCAAUUAAAAAUGCACUCGAUGAGAAUGACUUUGGAAUUACAAACUUGGCUAGCAAUACUCAAAUGCAACAAAUGGGACGUACAACCUACCAACAGACUAAUCAAACUCCAACCUACGGAAUCAGUGACUUUUCGAAUGAAGAAACAGUAAAUCGCUAUAAAGAAGCUCUCAAGGACUACACAGUAUUCAUGAAAAGCAUGGCUUCUCAAAAUAAGCCGAUUCACGGAGUUCUAGUUUUUGAAGGAAUCAAGCAAGAAGCCUAACUGGUCUUUGGAACAACCAUGAUCUUAUUGUAAUAUGUAAUUUUUCUUAAAUUAAAUAAAUACUCACCUCCAUC